AUGUUCCUCAUCUUCCUCGCCUUUCUCGCCAUCUUUCCCGGCUCGAUCGCCGCCUCAAACGCCACGCUAAACUGCUCCGAUGUUAACGUCGUCAUCGGCUCCGCCCUGCGCGACGCCUCCAAGGAUUCUCUUUUUGCGACGUUGGCCAAGUUCAGUGAGCUCGACGCGCUCGUCGUGCCUGGCGGCCUUUUCUACGAAGUCACGGGCGAUUUGACCUUCUUCGUGCCUUCUGACGACGAUCUCGAAGACGAAAUCGAGUACUGGAAAGACAUCCUCGAACUUACGGGGGAGGAAUCCGUGCUCGAGAAUAAGGCGUACGUGCAAGAGAUUCUUCGGCAAUACAUCGCGUACGGCAACGUCUCCGUCGGGUAUCGCGGUCUGUUUGUCACCAUCGAUGGAAGCAUUUACAACUGGACCGAUGCAGACGGGAGUGGGAUGUCCAAGAUCGAGCUGCAGCCCGUGGGGGUGCAGUUGCUCGAGGAGUCACCGUUGAUUCUCUACGUCAACGAAACCGACGCGCAAACCGAGACGUGCAGUCGCGGCAUCGAGCUCGCUCGCGUGGUGCGUGAUAGAACUUACGUGCGUAUGGCCGUGAGACGAUCAGUCAAACGAAGCGCGCGCGGGCGACGCGGGAAACGACGUUUGAUGCGCAGAUUACUCUCCCAGAGAUUACAACAAUUAAAUACCGCGGUCUAA